GCGAUUAUAACGAUAUACCUUAUAACUGAUAAUGUAAUGAUGAUCUGGCCGCAAUACUUAGGUUCAACCACAGUUGUUGUUACAAUUUAUUAUCAGAUAUAAAUGAUCAAAAAUAAAUGUAAACAUCCACAAAGCGGAUAAUAUAAAAAAAAUCGAGAGAGGGUGAAUUGAAUUUGAGCCCCAAAUUAAAGUGUAUAGGAAACGUCGUAGUUAAAGUUUGAUAUUGCAUACAACCCGUUUAAAUUCCGUUAUGGUGAUUAUUUUAAUUCUUCAGUUAUCGAUAUAAUUCGUACGAUGAUCAUUUUGGUGGCAAUUAUCAUGAUCUAAUCAGGAAAUAUAUAGUCAUACAUUCCUCCAAAUCUCAAUUGCUAAUUUAUAUUUUCUCAUCUUAGAUCCAUCCAAUAGCUUAUUAAUAAUAAUAAGCCAUGACUACACUUGAUGAACUUCGAGAAUUUCAUGAAUUGUUAAAGCAGGAAAUAUCACCAACAUCAACUAAAGUUAGUAACGUCUAUUUCUUUCAGAAAAAUGCUUUAUCAGGCGACGUGGUAGUACUAUUUGAAGUACUAAACUUUUUAAAUUGGUCGAAAGGAUCUCCUAAUGAAAGUUCGUAUUUUAAAACUCAAUUGACUGACGAGUUAUCAUUAGUUCCAUUAUUAGAAUAUAAUAAAUACAAAAAGUCAAUGAUUAAGAGUGUUCAGAAGUAUUUAGCUAUUAAAAGCUUAUAUGAACAAAAUAUUCCCAAGAUUUUGAUUACUUCUAAUAACUCAAUCUAUAAAAAGUAUAUCAUUGAUAACGAACCUCAUCCAGUGUCAAUGUUAGUUCAUAAUACAUUACCCAUAACAGAUGUUAAAUAUAGAGAUGUCUACUACAGAUGGACAUUAAGGAAUACCAAAUCAGAUAAAGAGGAAAUUACUUUCAAGUAUGUAUUAUAUAAAUUACCCAAAGAUCAAUUGAACAUGUUUAUGAAUAAUAAGAAGGAAGGUACGAAAGAUUCUGGUACAGGAGAAAAGAAUUCAUUAUUGGUAACCUCAAUCAGCCGAAGUUUAUUAGUUGAUUUCAAUUCAAAUGCCAAUUUCAAUCAUCCAUCCAGUGUCAAAUUAGCUCAAUUGGUUUAUAAUUUGAAAUAUAAAAAUAAAUUCGUUACUUCAUUUUUAAUCGUCAAUAAUAACAACCACAAUAAUAAUAAUAAUCAUAACCAUGAUAGAAUUCAUAAGGGGUUAAACAAUGAAGACAUUGUAAACACGGCUAUGAUAUUCAAGUUCAUCCAAGAUUCCAAAUUAAGCAAUAAGAGUAAUAGAAAAGGUGCAAAGUAUAGUGGUGAGAUGGGAAUUAAAGUAGCGUUCUAACCAGCUUAGCCCUGCCCCACACAAAAAUGUUUUGUUUAAAGUAUUUUUUGCAAUGAAGGUUGCGCUUGCGAAUUCGAAGGCAGUGCUCUUUAUAUUGCGCCUCU